AUGGGGGUGAACCCCUACGAGGCAGACCCCAAGCGGGUGUCGAAGAAGGAUCCAUACCUCAGUCGGAGCCCUCACUACGGACGUUACGCUCCCCAAACAGACGACUUUGAGCCUAAAUUCAGCGACUGGCACAGCACCGAAUCCGAGACACGGCGCGAGUAUUGGACGGAGAUUGUGCGGAAGUACUGUAUGCCCGAAAACUCGUUGAAUGUUGUUGGGUCUCGCGCUGCUUUUGCAAUUGGUAAGGUGUUGAUACAUGUGGAUAGCGAUCGCGCUGAGGGGGCUGCUGCCGAGAGAUACUCGCGACUGAAUGAGAAUGAGUUGAUCGCGUCCAGGAAAGCCGAAGAACAUCUGAAAGAUUUGGAUGUCGCUGUCCCCGUCAUAGUCUUCUGCGGAACGAUCGAUGGAAAGAAUGUCGUGAUCGAAACACGUAUACCUGGAGUGUCACUAGAAGUCGCAUGGAACUAUCUGUCGACGAGCGAAAAGGAAAGUUUCAAGGCGCAAUGUCAACGUAUCCUACGACGUCUCACGGCUAUCGAUGACUAUCCAGCGGCUCCAUCAUAUGUAUGCGAUGACUUGAAUAGUAUACCGCAACCAGACAUAGCCGAUGUCGAACACGAUAUUCUCUUUGCCCAGGCGGAAGAUGACGAGGUUCUAUGCCUGACGCAUAAUAACAUGGUGCGAUCGAACAUCAUCGUCGACAACGGCCGGGUAGUCGCAAUAACCGGUUGGCGGCAAAGCGGUUACUUUGGACACGAACGAGCGAAGAAGAUCCACCGAUUACUUCGUAUUCCUGAGCGUUCACACAUUUUUGGCUCCGGCGAAAGAUCUACACAGGAUGGGGCUUGGGCUGAUCUAUAUGAUUUCCUGGAUCAUAGUAGAGAUUCAGUGCAGGGUUAUGUUGCCAAAGAUAGUGAGCCGAAAGUCAAGACAGAGAUACCGGCGGCAAGUAUAGAGAAGGUUCCAGCGGCGCAGUCCGUAGCUCACACUCCCCAAUAUGACGGUGCCGACGAACACCCGACACCGAAGAAGAUCCAUGACCUGAAACGUGGAUCAACUUCAAGGGCAUCAUCUAUCGACAGAUCCUCACCGUCAGCUCCAUUGAUUCCGUCAAAAUUAGGACCUAAUGCACGAAAAACCUCAUCCGUAUCCACGAAGAAGGCAUCUAUUGCAACCAAAAUUCCGUCAUCGAAGAAGCGAAAAAUAGAUGCUAUAGAGACAGAUAGCGUUGACGAGCGGCGGUCCAACAGUCCUGCAUCUUCGGCUAAGGGACCGUCUGUCAAGAAACGAGCAUCUGCCUCGGUGAACGGCUCGCCAGCACCGGAGAUCAAGAAGAGGAGCAAGCCUACAAAGAAGAAGCCUACCGGGAAACAAAGCACAACAGCCGCUACUUCUACAAAUGGUCAACAGCAGGAAGAGGAGGAGGACGAGGGUGGUAGCGAGGCUGAGAAUCCCGAUGAAGUUUUCUGUAUCUGUCGCAGACCUGACAAUCACACGUGGAUGAUCGGCUGUGAUGGUGGGUGUGAUGAUUGGUUUCAUGGGAAGUGUGUCAAUAUUAAGCAGGAAGAUGAAGAAUUGAUUGAUCACUAUAUAUGUCCUAAUUGCCAUGAGGCUGGAAGGGGACAAACAACAUGGAAACCUAUGUGUCGCUUAAAAGGGUGCAGGAAACCAGCACGAGUAUCAAAAACAAAAGUCAGCAAAUACUGUUCAGACGAGCACGGCCGUGAAUUCAUGCGCCAGAUGACUGGACAACUCAAAAUGGCGCAUGCCGGUUCUUCCACACUUACUCCGCCAGCCCUUGAUCGUGUUCGGGAUAUGAGUCGUACUCGGGAUAGUCGCAGUGUUGAUAUAGAUGGUGACUCCGUCAUGGAUACCAACGACGAGGACGAUGAGCACGAUCAUGGUGGUCGAAUGAUGUCGGAAGAACUGGGUAGUAGAGGUGGUAUUUUGACGGUUAGCGAUCUGAAGGCUGUGAUCAUGGGAGUAUCGUCAUCUGCAGAAUUUCGUCGACUGGGCGAUGCUUUGAUAACGCCUCCACCGUCGACUUCACCACCAGCGAGACGAAUAGAGUCAAAACCGAACAAGGAAGAAGGCGAAGACGAAAUCAUGGGGAAGAGGAAGUUAAAGAGAGAGAAAGACAGUGGAGAAACGACAGCGGUCCAAGAUAGUGAGGAGUUUGAAGAGGAAGAAUUAUUCAAAUCAAACAAAAUGGGUCUGGACAUCAAUCCACCGGGUGUCAACUACUCGGCCGCGGAGGAAGCCAAAUUACAGGAACUUCGUACACGGCGUGAACAAUACCGACGUCAGCGACGUAUGAUAUCGCGGCGCAAUGAAUUCCUGGGCCUAGUGAGGGCAAGAGCAAAAGCAAUCCUUGAUCGUCUCAAAGCCAAGGAGCCAAAGGGCGGUUGGAAAGAUAUCUGCGGCUGGGAUGCGCGCAUGUCUUGGAAUGAGGAGGAACUCGACGACUGGUGCCAGAACACGGAAACAGGUCGAAAGGCCUUUGAAGAAGGUAAACUCGAAGCCGAACCUAUCGGCAACCUCCUAAGAAAUGGGGUCGCUACCACCGACGACGAGGAUGAGGACGACGACGAUGACGACAGCAACAGCAAGAAGAAGAACAAAAAUAAUCAUAAUAAUAAUACCGCUGACGCUGAAUUUGCCGAAUUGUCGCGAGGCGUAUGCAUGAAGAAACGGUGCGAUCGGCAUAAACAAUGGGUCAAGAUCGUUCAGCAAGAUAUCCAAUUUGAGGAAGCUAUGCUGAAAGAUGAGUUUAGAGCAUGCGAAAAGGAGGCUAAUGCGAUUGCUGAGGGGGCCAUUUUGAGAAUACAUGCUGGUUGACUU